AUGCUCAACUUGUUGCAAAAAUCGAAGAAGACGGACUUCCUCCUUGACUCCAUGCAAAGCGCCGUACCGUUCGUUUGCGUUCAUGACAAGAACAAGUUCCCGGAGAUCAAGGGAUACCACGAAGAAGGGCGGCUCACAUUCUUCGCAGAGUCUUUCACCGAGAACCUCGUGAUGCUGCGAAAGAUCUUCGAGUUCCUCGACGAGGCGGAGUUGAGCUACUCGCCCCGCCAGGUGGUGCUUGACUUCUACUGGACACUGUCGUUGGAUAAAGACAGGAAGAUGGCGCAGAUCGAGCUCAAGGAGUAUGAAGACCCAGUGUUCCCCGAGGAAGUUGACCAGGAUAUCGAUCUCACAGACAACAUCCUGAAAUUGGUGGAGGUCAAGGGCGAGAACGGAGAAGUGCUGGACAUGAAGGCGGAAGGAAUCGACUUCUCCUUCUCUCCCACAUGGAGUUUGCGUCAACUGCUAAAGAAGGUGAUCCCGGAAGUGACUUACAAGGAGUCCAAGGAGAUGUUCAACACCCCCGCGUACACCAAGUUGGUUGAGCACAGCAAAAAAGACCCGACCAUGGAUCCAGCCUUCUUGUCAAGGAUGUUUCCGUCGGACAUUGUCAACAUGCGCGAGAGCCUGCGAAUAGUGCUGCUUCUGCUCAUGCUCAUCACAACUCCUGGCUUCUACAGCGACAGCUCGUAUGACAACGCUGCUGUGGUGUUCGGGAUAGCACAGAAGGCGCUGACGAUCGAAACUAUCGAGCAGCUCUGUACUGGUAUGCUUGGCAAUGACCGCGUAGUGUACAUGAAGAUUGUUUGCUGUGUGGCACUCCUGUUGUGCAAUCCAGCUGGGGACUAUGCGACGAUUCCGAUGCUCUUGAACGUCACUUUGAUCAGCUUAGCGUUUGAAGACAAGUACGACGAAUAUACCAUCUCAUCACUGUUCUCACAGCUUCGAGAAAACUGUGUACUCAUAAGGAAUCUUGGGAAUCCCAUUACGACCUUCAACCUCUACACCCUCAACUCGCAAGCUGACGGGACCGCGGGCGUGAUGAUGCCCAACGGUGACAUUGUGCUCAUGGGGCCCAACGUUGACGUCAAGGACAAGAAAGUUGAAAUUGACGACAAGAUUCUAUCGACAUUCUACAGCGAACAGCCAAAAGCUGUCACCAUCGACCAUAUCAAGCGCCAAUACUUCAAGCUGUUGAAGAACACUCUCAAGUACGCCAUGUACGGCUUCUCAGAAGGAGUGGUAGUGCUGCUGUUCGACGGAUUCUUUUUCAAGAUUUGGGUGACAUCAGUCCCGUCUCAGAUUGUUGCCAUCCUGGCCUGCAUCUUGAUCGGGUUGGUGUUGUGUGACGACUUGGGUCAGAGGUUCCUUGGGUUCCUCAUGGAGAAAUAUUUCCUCUUCGUCGUCGUGUCAGCUCUUGCUGUCCUCGGCGAUUCUGCAGCGACGAGUGAGGGCUUUGUGACGGACUCUUCGUCGAUCGCAGCCCAUCAGUUCAACUUCACGACCUCGGUCUUCCCUCUUGCAAGCAUCAUCACCGUGAUCGGAGCAUUGUACUGGCAAGCCAAGUUCCUCAGUGACUUCAACUUGGAAAUGUUCGCAAUCGAGUCCAACAAGACAGGGAUCACGGCGCUGACGAUUCGUCAUCUAGCGACCAAUCAGCCAUCGAAGUUGUCAGCCUCCGAAUGCUCUGUCAUCAUCAACUACUUCUGUGGGCGAGCGGAAGGAAAGAAAAGCGUAAAGUUGACACACUACGCAGCCAAGAAUUGGUGGAUGCAUCAUUCGCUGCAUGCGAGGGAAAUCACGGACGAAGAUGUCACCGAGUUCUUGAAUAAGCACGUGAGCAAGCCUGACGAUGAGCCUGGUGACGACAAGGCUUGA